AUGAAAUCAUGUGACUUGAUUCAUCAUCUCACUUCUCUGCCAAGGCUCAGAGACUCACAGUGUGCUGGAAAGAGGCAUUUUACAUGCAGAGAGUGUCUGAUUCAUACAAGCUCACUACCUUCUCUCACCGUGGAAGUGUUCCAGCAUCAGCUACUCAGUCUUGUUGGGGCUCUGAUCUGUUUCUGUACUCUGAUAAAAUGCAUCAGAUUUAUGAGAGACCUUUUUCCAUAUAUCUGAAGUUCUUUGCCCUAGGUUUUCUCUUGGUCAGUGGGAAAACAGGCAGUGGUCACAGGAGCAGGAGAUGGGGUUGGAAAAGCAUGUUCCUUCAACCUGGCAAGAAGUGGAUUAACUGUAGUGAUGAAAAGGAGAACUUUUGAAAAACUGAAUUUGGUAAGCAUUUUUACAGAGCUGGCCACAGAUCAAAAGAUGAAAGUUAUACAAGCUUAUUUCACUAAAAAUCCAGUGUAUGAGAAAGUUGAAAAAGAUCUGAAGGACUUGGAUAUUGGUGUUCUGGUUAGCAAUGUUGGAAUGCUUCAUAAUCCUCUUCCAUGCUGCUUCCUUAAUGGGCCAAACAUAGAAGAGGACCUUGUCGACUGCAAUAUUAUUUCUGUUCCAGGUAGGUAUUUGACAAAAAUUAUUUUGAAACAGAUGCAAGCAAGUCAGAAAGUUCUAAUUCUGAAUUUGUCCUCUGGUUUGAGUACUUUCCAUUACAUACAUAUAUUGAUUCCUUAUGGUGUUUCUGCUCCAAUGACAAUGUACCAAAGCCCUGGUGUUAUUACAAAGACAGGAGAAGAGUUUGCUAGUGAAUCACUGGAGUAUGUCACCUUUGGAGAAGAGAUUUUUGGAUGUUUCACCCAUGAAAUUUUGACUGAAUUUGGUUGUGUGUAAAUGUUUUCCAAAGACUCCAGACAAGUCUGCCUGGGCUCAGCCUGUUCUUUUCACUUUUUGGUAGACCCUUGGACAUCGAAUGAGACCAUGGGUUGUUAAAGCUAGUAUGGCACCAAUAAAAUGUGAAGAGAGGAAUACACAAGUAAAGCACAGAGGUCUAGUGUGGCUGCAUCAGAAAACCUGAAUGGGUGCUGCUGUGCACGUGGUGCUGUGCAGAGUUAACUGCUGGAUUGUGCCCAGGGAGCCAGCCACUGAAGAGAGCACUGCCACAG